AUGCCUCCCAAUGUUCAAUCAACUGUAUAUGAUCAAAAACCUAUGGAUUUGAUGAAAGAUGAUGAUGAUAAUCCAAAAAUGGCGAAAUUGAGUGAUUAUUUCUGGUCUUGUGAUCUAAAGGGAUUGAAUCAAUUGACUGGUUAUAUCAAUAAAACGUAUGAUGAAUUGGAUAGAUUGCAUGAAAUUUAUGUAGCAAGAGCCGAACUUGAACUUGCGUUUGGACAAAAACUUGAAGCUUUGAUUGACAAUAAGAUUACCAAGGAAGAUAAUGACGACGAUAACAGAAAAGGGAUCCCUGGAUCAUUGGAUGCUGUUCACAAGGAAUUAUCAAAAACGGCUCAGUCCCAUAUGGAUUUCGCAAAACGAUUAGAACAAACCAUUGCCAAGGAAAUGAAUAUUUGGAUACAAGAUUACCGUGCCGAAUUGGAAAAGAUUAGACAACCUCUACUUUCCUUGUAUGAAGAUAGACAAGUUGUCAUAGGGCAAUUGUUCCGUGUACGUGAAGAAUAUCAGACUUUGGAUAAAGAAGCACCUAAACGACAAACUCUUCAAAACGAAUAUAGACUUCUACUUAACAAGAUUGAUAGCAUUGUCAAACAAUGGCAUAUGGAUUGGAAACUCGCCUGUGAUCAGAUAGAACAAUUGGAGAAAGAUCGUCUUGAAUUUUUCUCGGCCAAUGUGUGGGACUAUGCAAAUCUGGCUUCUGCUAGGUUGAUGGUCCAGGAUGAAUGGUGUGAAUGUAUUCGAAAUCAAUUGGAAAGCUGCUCAUUUGAACAAGAGCUCGAUCGAUGUAUUCGAACAGCUGGAAUUGGAAAACAUAUGCCUACUACAUCUGAUUAUGUUACUCAUUAUUUCAGCCAACAAAAGGAAGGUCAACAAGCAAAACCAAGUGCUUCCCAAAAGUCAAUUUCACCGUUGAACAAAACUCUGCCAUCACGGCCACCUCCAAGUGAGAGAAAUGCGACUCCUGCUCCUUCAAUCAAACGUAAACCUGUCAACCAAGAUUCCCUCAAGGACAAGAGCGUAUCAGCACCUCUGGCUUUAGAGGAGUUACUGAAGAAAUUCGAAAAAUCAACGGACACCGCAAAGCAACAACAACACCAACCACCGGAACAACCACCACAGAGGCAACAGGAACAGCAACAAGCACAACCACAGGAGCAACAACAACAAAAACAACAACAACAACAACAACAACAACAACAACAACAUCAACAACAACAACAUCAACAACAACAAAAACAACAUCAACAACAACAUCAACAACAACAACAUCAACAACAACAACAUCAACAACAACAACAACAACAACAACAACAACAACAACAACAACAACAACAACAACAACAACAACAACAACAACAACAACAACAACAACAACAACAACAUCAACAACAACAACAACAACAACAACAACAACAACAACAACAACAACAACAACAACAACAACAACAACAACAACAACAACAACAACAUCAACAACAUCAACAACAACAACAACAACAGGAGAAACAGGAACAACAACAGCGUACCAGCUCAGCUGAUAUAUCAUCACGACGUCCUAUUCCUUCUUCAUUUACUACUCCUCGGACCUCCAGCCACAACGAUUCAUCAAGGAAGGAAAAGAGCCAUUAUGAAGAACAAAAUGAUCCAAUUCAACAGCAACAACCCAUGCCAUCAACGGUUCCACCCAAGUCUCCUCGACCACAAUCGCAAAAAAUCAUGACACCUCCAUCAUCACCAUCGUCAUCAUCAUUGUCUUCGUCAUCAUCACUCUCAGGACAAUCACGUAUGGCGACACAACAUUUUCCACCACCUAUCAACACAUCUACAAAUUAUAUUCACUCUCAGCAGCAACAAAUAGCACCACCAAGAUCUCCAUUACAACAAUAUGCUCCAGCAUCUCCUAACAUGAUGCCCCAACAACAACCACAUCAUCCUUCGUCAUAUCAACAAACAAUGCAAACUCCGAUGAUUCCCAAUGCUAGUACUGCAGGAACACCUGGCCCCAUGACCAUGUCACCCAUGAUUUACCCAUCAACCACGACCAACAACUAUCCAUCUUCCCCGAUGAUGCAACAAGCCGUCUCACCAAUAAUGCAAAAUAUGUAUUCAUCAGGACAACAAGCAUCUUACAGCCAACCUCCACGAUCACCUAGUAUGAUGAUGAAUACCGGUCCACCACGAUCUCCAAAUCUAUUACCCAUGUCGUCACCUUCAUCCAUUUCUAGAGCAGGUAGUCCCUAUUUGUCCCAUCCUUCAACACAACCAACAACAAUGUCACGACCUUCUUCACCAUUGAUGCAAAGACCAACAGUGUUACCGGAUGGAAGGGAAAUCCUCUUUUGGUGUCAAGCGAUGUACGAUUAUAACAGUAACGACGCUAUGGAAUUGUCUUUCAAAGCCAAUCAAUUUUUCGCAGUAGUUUAUGUGGCUCCAGAUGGAUGGUGGGAUGCAUAUUUAUUUGAUGGUCAUUACUUUAUUGGUUCUUCUGGCUCGAUACCAAGUAAUUAUAUGCGUAGAUUAUAGUUUUUUUUUUCUUUUUUGUUGAUCUUACUUCCUCUUAUAAUAAACUUUCGAUGACGUUGACGAUACUUUACAUAUAUA